CUUUCUCUCUCUCUCUCUCUCUCUAGGAGGAGCUCUUGAGAUGCCAUUGUUAUGCCCAAACCUUAUCAGUCACAGCUCACAAGAAUGAAAGUUUAGAGAUAAAAGGUUGAAGUGGAUUAAGUUAGAAGUAGAAGGCUUUGGUAAAUAAUCCUUUCUAGAGCUGAUAAAGGGUCAUUUUCUUUACUUUAUAAAUACACACACCUCUUUCGCUUCCUUACUUCCAUUUCUUCUUCUCCUCCUCCCCUAAUCUUUGAGGGAUACAAAGGCUGUGUGGGGAGAUUUCUUUUUGUUCUGUGUUUGAAAGUUCCUUCUCCAACCAGCUCUUUUCCUUAUCAGGUAAGCUGCAAAUAAGAAGAGAGGAUGUCAGACUCACCUCAGAGGAAGAUGGGAAGAGGAAAGAUUGAGAUUAAGAGGAUCGAAAAUACAACAAAUCGUCAAGUCACUUUCUGUAAGAGACGAAAUGGGCUGCUUAAAAAAGCUUAUGAACUUUCUGUUCUCUGUGAUGCCGAAGUUGCUCUCAUCGUUUUCUCAAGCCGCGGCCGCCUCUAUGAGUACGCUAACAACAGUGUGAAGGCAACCAUUGAUAGAUACAAGAAAGCAUCCUCAGAUUCCUCAAACACUGGAUCUACUUCUGAAGCUAAUACUCAGUUUUACCAACAAGAAGCUGCCAAACUUCGAGUUCAGAUUGGUAACUUGCAGAAUUCAAACAGGAACAUGCUGGGUGACUCUCUAAGUUCUUUGAGUGUAAAAGAUCUGAAAAGCCUCGAGAGCAAACUUGAGAAAGGAAUCAGCAGGAUUAGGUCCAAAAAGAAUGAACUCCUCUUUGCUGAAAUUGAGUAUAUGCGGAAAAGGGAAAUUGAUUUGCACAACAACAAUCAGCUGCUUCGAGCAAAGAUUGCUGAGAGUGAAAGAAAUGCCAACAUGAUGGGAGGAGAAUUCGAGCUGAUGCAAUCUCAUCCCUACGAUCCCCGAGACUUCUUCCAAGUGAACGGCUUACAACAUAGUCACCAGUAUCCACGCCAAGACAACAUGGCUCUUCAAUUAGUUUAAGUUAAUAAUAGUAUGGUUUGAAGCUCUCUGGUUGGUGGAUUAUAAGGAGCGCCCCAUCUCUGCUGAUUGAAAGGUACUUAAAAGGAACUUGAAGAUCAUACCUCAUCUAUGCCUUAUCAAAGUCUUAGCUUCUGGACUCUAAAAAAAGACAUAUUCCAAUAUAUAAAUAUAUAUGAAUGUAUGUAUGUAAUGUUGUUGUCUGGUAUGCAUCCAAAACAUUAAUAACCUAUCUUAUCUUUGUGUUAAAAUCUAUGUCUGUCAUACAAACGACUAACAUAUUGUCUCAUACUUCUGUCUUGCUUUCUGUUUCACUGUCUCAACUUUCUGUGA